AUGCCAGUAGAGUCAUUAUCGAAACCAACCGUACGUUCACUGUUUUUCAAUUUAGUCUGUUUCGUCAUUUCAAGUUGGGGACUUCGCUGGGCAACUACAAUUACUUUACCUCCAUCUCUAAGACAAGCAGGCCAUAAACAAUUUUUAACCAAUAUAUCAGUGAUUGUUACUUUAUUUAGUAACAUCACAAACAUUGCCGAUUUUUUUAUUCAAAGAUAUGCCAAAUGUCCAACACUACGUAAUAGAUCACAUAGAAUUAGUAAACACACUAUUUUACCAGUAGCUCUGGUAAUGGAAUCCAUCGUUCCCGCCGUUUAUUGGCCAUUACGUUUAUUCGCUAUGAAAUUAAUUAUGCAAGGUAUACCAGAAAAUAAUUCACCUUCUCCAAUUCCACUUUCAGUAGACUGUGCCAUUCAUUUGGUACCUUUUGUUUUCUUAUUUGCUGACCAUUAUCUAUCCGGUUCGGGAGAAAAAUUUGUUAUUUCAAACAAAAAGGCUUGGGUUAUUGUUACACUUCUAGGACUCUCUUACUACAGAUUCUUGGGGCUUUUAAUUAAUACUGAAAGGGGACAAUCUUAUCCAUAUCCUUUCUUAGACGUCGAUGAACCAUAUAAGUCGAUUAUCUUCGUUGCUGUAACUUCCAUAACUUGGUUAUUUUAUGUCCUUUAUCAAAAGUUUCCACCUUAUGUCUCAUUAAAGAAAAGAAGUGCCAAGAAACAAUUCUAA